UACCCCCUUUCAAUGGUUAGGGUUAGUCUUUAGAUCUUUUGAUAUAGAGAUGUACUGGUCAGAAAGAGAGAUAGAAGCCAACAGGAGAGAAAGACAGACUGAGAGAGAGAGAGCAAUCAUUCGUACUGGUCUACAAGUUCAACACUGUCAACAGGGACAUAUCCUCGUUUAAUCGAAAACCGUACGACUAAGAGGAAAUGGCUGGUGCGCUAUCAAUUUAACGACAUUAAUGUUUACUGUGUUCAAUUUAGAAAUAAAAAGAAUGGCAGAUGCAGAAAAAUCUGCCGUUACACCUUCUAGAAGUCAGGGGGCUGCUGGACCGACGACAACACCCGAUUCCGAAACUGGCAAAAAGAAACAGAAAAGAAAACCAAAGCUGGCAGCAAGUGAAAGCAACAAGCUUGAGACACAAGGAAAAAAAGAUGGUAUGGAAGACCAGAAGAAGCCAGAGGUCAAAGGUCAGAGUAAACCAGAGGUCAAGGGUCAGAGUAAACCUGAGGUCAAAGGUCAGAGUAAGCCUGAGGUCAAAGGUCAGAGUAAGCCUGAGGUGAAAGUUCAGAGUAAACCGGAUGUGAAAGGUCAGAAUAGGUCAGAGGUCAAAGGUCAGAAGAAACCAGAGGUCAAGGGUCAGAAGAAACCAGGAGAGGUUGAGAAAGCGGAGGGUGUUAAAGCAGAAGGACAAGAGGGUGCUCAGAAAAGCAAGGCGGAAUUGAAGGCGGAAAGACGAGCUAAACAGGAGGCCCAGCGAGCGGCCAAGGCAGCGAAGAAGGCGGAGCCACCGACUGUCAGUCAGAAGAAGGAGGCAGUACGGGUGUCGGACCACGUGCAGGCCGAUGUUCCCGAGUCACAGAAACGGGUUGCUAAGAAACUGGAGAAGAUGCAAGUCCCGCAGAGAAAGAUGACUCAGCGGAAAGUGCGACUGUUCAGUCAUCUGUACCAGUACGACAAACAACAGCCUUCCACGCAGUCACUGUCAUUUUCCAGUAGCGGGAUUCACCCCGCUAUAAAGAAGCUCGGUGUACAGUAUGCUGAAGGAGUUGUCAGUGGUUCUAACGCGAGGUGCGUCGCUCUGUUGGCGGCUUUUAAAAAGGUUAUUGUGGACUACUCCACGCCACAUCAGAAAGAGUUGUCGAGGGAUCUAGAAAACAAAAUCAAACCAUACAUCAGUUUCCUCGUACAGUGUCGGCCCCUGGCUGUUAGUAUGGGGAGUGCGAUCAAAUACCUCAAGUGGAACAUCACACAUAUUCCUAGAGAUAUGUCCGACUCAGAGGCAAAACAGAAACUCACACAAAGUAUUGAUAGUUUUAUUCACGAGAACAUAAUCGUAGCAGCUCAGGCAAUCUCCAUAUACGCCUGUGAAAAGAUUGCAGAUGGUGAUGUCAUUGUCGUCUAUGCAUGCUCGUCUUUGAUCCGACAUGUUCUGUGUGAUGCACACCAACAAGGAAAGAAAUUCCGAGUUAUCGUCGUAGAUGGCCGACCGAGAAUGGAAGGUAAAGAGAUGCUGAGAAGACUGGUGAAAGACAACAUUCAGUGUUCUUACGUUCUCAUCAACUGUGCAUCAUACAUCAUGCAAGAGGCCACCAAAGUGUUUCUUGGCGCCCAUGCUCUUCUAGCGAAUGGUUUCGUCAUGUCGCGAGUCGGGAGUUCUCUGAUCGCUAUGAUCGCCCGGUCGUGUAACGUUCCCGUCAUGGUCUGCUGUGAAACGUACAAGUUCUGUGAACGAGUGCAGACUGAUUCGUUUGUCUUUAACGAACUAGGUGACCCUAACGACCUUGGUUAAGAUAGGAAACAAACAGCCGUACUGUCCGAGUGGAAGCAACAUGACCACCUGUUCCUCCUCAACCUGGCGUAUGACGUCACGCCUCCUGAACUCAUUUCGGCUGUUAUCACCGAACUCGGAAUGAUCCCCUGCACGUCCGUGCCUGUAGUGUUACGAGUCAAACACGCAGAGACGAACGAAACGUGACCAGAAGUAAGCCGAUCUGACUUUUAGUAACUCGUCUUUCGUACAGUAAAAUAUUAUUA